AAAGGCAGAGGUGCCGAGGGGUCCAGAGAGCAGAAAUGUAAAGGAGGUGGCAGAGAACCCCAGAGGAAGGGACUGAGGACAGUGGGCACUGGAGGCACAAGGGGACAAGGAAAGAGACAUCAAGAGAAGGGAAGAAACACGAGAGUGACAGACACUAGAGAAGACACAAACAAACAAGAGAAAGAAGCACACACCGGGAAGUGACGGAGGUCCCAGCUGCUGUGAGGGCCUUGGCCAGCGGUGGACAACCUGGUGGCCCCCUUCCCACCCCUGGGAGCCUUCUCGUGUAGGGUGGCCGGGAGCGGCAGGGCAUGGCUGACUCUUGCCGGAACCUCACCUACGUGCGAGACUCGGUAGGACCUGCCACCAGCACCCUGAUGUUCGUGGCUGGUGUGGUGGGCAAUGGGCUGGCACUGGGCAUCCUGGGUGUGCGACGGAGGUCACACCCAUCGGCCUUUGCCGUGCUGGUCACUGGGCUGGCGGUGACAGAUCUGCUGGGCACGUGCUUCCUGAGCCCUGCGGUGUUCGUGGCCUAUGCUCGAAACAGCUCGCUGCUGGGCCUGGCCCACGGUGGGUCAGCGCUGUGUGACACUUUCGCCUUUGCCAUGACUUUCUUUGGCCUGGCCUCCACACUCAUCCUCUUUGCCAUGGCUGUGGAGCGAUGCCUGGCACUCAGCCACCCCUACCUGUACGCCCAGCUGGACGGGCCGCGCUGCGCGCGCCUGGCCUUGCCUGCCAUCUAUGCUUUCUGUUGUCUCUUCUGCUCGUUGCCCCUUCUGGGCCUGGGUGAGCAUCAGCAGUACUGCCCCGGGAGCUGGUGCUUCAUCCGUAUGCGUUCCACCCAGCCUGGUGGCUGUGCCUUCUCCCUGGCCUACGCCAGCCUCGUGGCCCUGCUGGUGACCUCCAUCGUCUUCUGCAAUGGCUCCGUCACCCUCAGCCUCUGUCACAUGUACCGACAACAGAGGCGCCACCAUGGCUCGGCAGUGCCCACCUCUCGGGCACGAGAGGAUGAGGUCGACCACCUGAUUCUGCUGGCCCUGAUGACCGUCAUCAUGGCCGUGUGCUCCCUGCCUCUCACGAUCCGAGGCUUCACCCAGGCUAUCGUCCCGGACAGCAGUGAGAUGGGGGACCUCCUUGCCUUCCGCUUCAAUGCCUUCAACCCCAUCCUGGACCCCUGGGUCUUCAUCCUUUUCCGCAAGGCUGUCUUCCAGCGUCUCAAGCUCUGGUUAUGUUGCCUGUGUGCCCGUUCUGUCCAGGGGGACUUGCAGAUGCCCCUUUCCCAGGCCUCAUCGGGGAGAAGAGACCCACAGGUCCCCACUACUCUCCAAGCUAAGGACGGGAACUGGGUGCCCCUGUCAUCCUGGGGCACUGGGCAGGUGGCACCAUUGACUGCUGGGCCUCUGUCUGGUGGUAACAGCUGCUCUGUGGGAAUGCCAUCCAAAACGGAGACCAUGGUUGCCUGCUCCCUUUGCUGAUAUCUAAGCUGGUCUGCAUGCCACCCUGGGCCCAUUGAUGCAGAACCAGAAGGCAGGUCAGGGAUUCAGCCGAUAAUGGUGGAAGCCACAUAUUUGACCCCUAAAGUCUGGGGGUGUCUGCUGCUGUUUCUCCUCCCAAGGUGGUUAUGGGCCUUGGGAAGAGAAUAAGGGACGCCGAAGUUUCUGUGGCUCUCAAGAAGGAUUCUCUCAAAAUAACCAGGGCCUGGCCUAGCUGCUCUGUCCCUAGGAUCCUCCAUCCAUCUCGCUGUCUAAAUAUUUAGGGAGCAGAAAAAUUCCCAGCAGCUUCUGUGGAAGUGAGUCUGCUGGGGUUAGUGUGUCUGCUCUCCUCUUUCACUGAGGCGGGCCUUGGCUGCCCACCCCAGGUCCCCAGGGGACACAGCCAUGCCCUCUCCCAAGCCAUUCCAGCAACUUCUCUCAGAAACGUUCCCCCCCCCAUGCUUCCCAUCCCCCACCUGACGUCGGGGGGGGUGGGGUGUCCUGAAUCCCAAAAGGAAUCGGGAAGAAGGAAAGGCCACUGGACUGCAGGUGACGCUGCGGGACACGUGUCUGGCACAGAAACGGCCACAGCUUGGAAUUGUGCUAUGAGGAUUUGGUGGGAGGAUACAGGGACAAAACAGAGAUGGUGGUGAUGUAGCAGGCAGGGUCCCAAAGACUUCAUAGGAAUACCGGUGCACGUCCCCAGCCUGCCCCCUCUCCCCACCCUCCAUUCUGGAACAAAUAACUGCCUCCUUUUAGAACUGGACUUCAACAUGUUUGGAAUCUUUACAAAGAUUCCACUCACUCAUCCAUCCAUCCAUCCAUCCACCCAUUCAACAAACUCCCAGGGGACCCUGAAGUCAGCAGGUCUGCCUGCCUGGGACUGGGGAUACAGACAAGUCCCCGGCCUCCGAGGAAAGAAUCCGGGGCGCUUGGGAAUGAGUUGGCCGGUGCAUGAAGGGAAGUGAGUCAGCUGGAGAGCUGGGCCAGGGGAGGGUCAACAGAUGCUACUCACUUCUGCCCUGGUUCCUGUUUCACAUCCACUCUGGUUGUCCUCCUGUCUGCUUGGCAGCAUAUUAACAGAGCCUUUCCAGAGAGGGUAAUCCCCCAGUCUGGGUCACACAGCGAAAAUGUGGAGUAGGUCUGUAUGUUACCCUCUCUCAUGGCCUCUCUCUGUACCUCAGUGAGGAUUAAAUGACCCACUCCCAAAAGAGCAACUUAGCACAGGACCUGAGAGGGCGCCACAGUGGGGGUUACUGCUCUUGCUGUCAAUAUCGUUGUCUCGGCAAACAUUGAUUAGGAAGCAAAGCAAGGAUUUCUUUUGGCUCUUUUUCCACCCAAUAAAUAUAUUUCAGAUCACAUUAAGGAAGGGUAAGGAGUGUCAAGAGAGGUGAAAACAGGCUGAGGUAAGCCGGGCAUGGCGAUGUUUGCCUGCAACUCCAACACUAUGCUCAGGCAAGAGGAUUGGGGUUCAGGGUCACCCAAGUACUACAUAGAGAGUUCAAGGUCAGCAUGGGGCAUUUUAGACUUCAAAACCAAAUGACAACAGAUAAGUCCACAAAACAAACCAGGAUGAGGUGACCAGUAAGCAGGUACUGGAGACUAUUGUUUGGUGACAGUUGCUGGCAGCGUAAAUGGGCCAAAUACCACUGAAUGUGUAAUAGUCUGUGAAUGGAAAAUGGUUAAAAUGGUACUUUUUAUUUACGGGUAUUUUACCACAAUAAAAAAAAAAAUGUG